UUAGUGUUCUUCCAAAGGCAAUAAAUACACCUCUGAGCAGACAAAAAUCAACCACUGGUUGAUGAUCAGACUUAUCGUCAAUUGCGAGUUGCUUCCCUAAAAUUCAUGAACCAGAUAAGAAUAUUUUGACCCACCCCACAAUUUCACUCACUUAAUCCUUGCAACUACGUAGUUGUACGUAUAUGUUUGUAAAGGUUAGCUUUGUGGCUGCAGCUUCAGUUGCAGCUUUUGCAGUUUCCAGAAUCAAUAUUCAAUCUUCCAGGAAGCGAAACCCUCCAAUCAAACCUGCAGAGAUUGAUGACUCAAGCUUCCAACAAGAAGAGAUUGAAGAAGACGGGGAAGAGAAGUCUGCGGAUUCUGAAUUUUCAGCUGAGGAAGAGGAAGAGAUUAAAGGGAGUACUACCAGAAGAAAAAUGGAACAAAAUUUGAAUUUACCCAAAAGAAGAGAGAGUGGAAAUCCACAAGAUGUUACAGGUGAAAUAGAGAUACUACAGAACGCAGUAAAGGAAAUGGAGAGAAAAAGAAGGACCCUUGAAGGGAAACUGCUAGAAAUGUAUGGUAUUAAAGAGCAGCGUUCAUAUAUUGCUCAGUUGCAGAAGCACUUGAAGGUCAAGACGGAGGAGGUCGACUUUCUGAGCAUCACCGUGAACUCGUUGCGGGCAGAGACGAAGAAACUUCAAGAGGAAGUCAAAGAGGGUGUGUUGGUACAGAAGCAGCUAGAGAUUGCAAAGAAGAGAAUAAAAGAACUGCACAAGAAGAUGACUACAGAUAGGAACUGGGCGAGGAAGAAAUUGCUAACGCUAGCACGAGAAGUUUCCGGUUUUGAGAAGACAGGAAUAUCCAGUACAGAUCAUGAGAAUGUUGAAAAGAAGACCGGAAGUGUGGAAUUCAAAGCUAUGGAGAUGAAGAGGAGGAACAAAGAGCUUGAAAUGGAAACGGGAGGACUGAAAAUUAUGUUGGUUGCUGCAGAAGACAAAGCAAAUGCGCAAUCCAAUAUGACAGAGGAUAAGCUGGAGGAGGAGAUGAAUAAGUUUAGGCAUGCAAACGAAAGUUUAUCCAAACAGAUAGAAAAAUUGCGGAAAAACAGGUUCGGCAUAAUCGAAGAGCUAAUGUACCAACGCUCGCUCAACGCUUGCUUGAGGUUCGAAAGCCAAAAUUUCCUAACCCCACCGAUUCUCAGCAAGAAUUCAAGCCAAGAAUCUCAUGGCAACAAGACUCCUACUCCAAUCCCACACCAUAAUUCUUACAGCAAAUCUUCUUCCUCAUCCUCGAUUGACAAAACUACAAUAGACAGCUCUUCUAGCAGCGAGAGGAGCAUAAGCAAGAAAUAUGGUUUGAUUCAUAAUAUAAGAAGAUGGGGAAGACGAAAGGAUAAUCCAAGAUUAGUUGUUUCAUCAUCGGAGAGGUCUUCUAGAGAAAAUUCUCCAUUCAAGGCAGGCGGCCUAAUUCGCAGGUUAUCUAUGUCAGAUGUUCCACUGCAAAGGAAGGAAAAUGACAGCACCGGACUAGUAGGCAUCACCCCAUCUAGGAAGAUCAAAAGAGUGCAGUUUAGCAUCCAAUCUCAGGAAGUUCAAAGCGUCUUUGAUCUCGAAAGGAAUCCAAUCGACACAGUAGCAUGGCUGAGACCAACUGGAGACCUGGAUGACAAGAAAAAUUCAGCCAUGCAAUCAAGCAGAGCUGGGUCCCUUAUGGGGGGAGACGAGAAACAUGAAGUGAGUCUGAAAAAGGCCAGUCAUUGCAGGGAUUUGAGUGGGACAGACAUGGGCAAUGGUAAGGUUGAAAGUGGGGACAAAGAGGAGUUGCAUCAUUCAAAUAUGCUGCCCAAUGUUCUUCAUAGUGACAGCAGGGUUUGGACCCCUCUGCGUUCUUCCUCUUUCUCUUGAUGUUACCUAUUUAUAAAUUACUUCUCAAUGCUGGGCUUUACUAAUUCAGAGUUCCAAAUUUUAAUAUAAUUUGAAAUUUUCAUUUUUCUAAA